AUGUGCCUACGCCGACUCCCAGAAGAACGAUUGAUGGCAAUGCUACGCCUCGGCCAUGGCCGCUGCGUACGCUCAGGAGCUCUUGACCUACGUGUCGGUCGCGGGAGUACAGGAGACCAAGAGAGUAUUAGACGUGCUUCACUUGGGUCACUUCUUGCUUUGUUCACUGGGAUCAGACUAGUAACGUACAAGAUUGAAUGA